UUUUUUUCUGUAAAGUCACAACAAGAGAAAUAUAAAUCUCCAUACAUCCAUUGUGUGUGUUUAUUUAUAUUGUUUCAUUUGUAGUUUUAACAUAAAUCCAAAAUAACAAACUAAAUUUCACUGUAACCAGCCCUGUUUUGUGUGUUUUUAAUUAGCAAGAAACUAAUCUAAAGAGGAAUAAUUCUAAAUGGAGCGACGAAAUCAUCAGCCAAUGUCCAAUCCGAAACGUAUCAUACACCAAGAGAAUUAUUCAAAAGACUUGAUUCUUCAUCAGCACGAUGAGCUUAUCAAAUAUGUGAAUGAAGCUUGGCACAAGGUUCAGGAACAACCUCAUGGCGUGACAUACUAUAAGAAUGUGCCGGAACCACGACUGGCCGGCUUUAAGGCAUUCGAUUUGGAAAGCUGGUGGGGACGACGCGUCUUUAAUCAGAAAACAUCCUAGGAUGCAUGGAACACACUGACGCAGAGAAAUUUGACGCCAUUGUUCAUUUAUGAUAAAACAAAAUGACUUCUCUUUUAAAUUUUUAAAAAUUUUUAAUUUUUCUUAUAAAAGAUUUUAUUUUUGACUUGUUUUACGUUAUUAAGUGCAUGCUGAUUGGAUGCACAUUUUCUUUUACUUUUGUUGCGAGCGAUUUAUUUUUUUUUGGUUUAUUAUUCUACAAUUUCUAUGAUCAAUAAAUUCAAUCGUCGAAAUCUAA